AUGGUUACAGCUAGCGUCAUCGCUUCUGAGAUAAUAUCCAAUCUGAUAAUUUUAAGGUACAACAUAGUGGUGUUCGGAGGUAUCGAUGGCUUUUCUCGGAAGGUUUUGUACCUCAAUGCGGCUGGGAAUAAUAAGGCAGAGACUGGUUUGAGGUUUUUCGUGGAGAGUGUGCAGAAACAUGGAUGGCCAUCAAGAGUACGCGGUGACCAAGGCGUAGAAAAUGUGGAGAUAGCAAGAUCCAUGUUCACUGUGCGAGGAACAGGUCGUGGCAGCUUUAUAGCUGGGAAAAGUGUGCACAACCAAAGAGUGGAACGACUAUGGAGAGAUGUGUGGAACGCUGUAACAUCUCAGUACUACAACAUGCUUCACACCUUGGAGGAAGAGGGGUUUGUAGACCUUUCAAAUGCUGUUCACCUCUUCUGUCUUGGGUAUGUUUUCAUUCCACGUCUACAAGCAGACCUUCAAAACUUUGUAGAGACAUGGAAUUGUCACCCCUUGAGGACCGAGGCAAACCCGACCCCUAAUCAGCUUAGGAGAAUUGGGAGGAUGCAAGUACCGGUGCAAGAGCCAGAUCUGUCUGAGAUGGAAUACUUGCAUGACCAGGAAGCUUGUGGUGCUGAUCCAGAACAUGGAGCCAUAGUACCAGAAACUGCAUGCCCCUUGUCAGCUGAGGCUCUUGCUGCCUUACAAGAUAUUAACCCCACUGCAGAGUCCUCUUCUCUUGGGCGGGAUAUCUAUAUGCAUGCUCUUCAAUUGGUCUCAUUCCUUAUGUGAGAGCUGGAUAAGCAGUUUACAAAACAUAGCAUUUGUUUGUUUUGUAAUAUUGAACUCUGUAUUUGACCUCUUUGGAGUUUCUUGUAAGCCCAUAUGGGCUGGGCUUUUUGAAGCAUGACACUUAAAUUCAAUAAAUCAAUCAUAUCUAUUUGAUGGAACCCUUCCCUCCAGAAAACCCAAUGAUGGCCAGUGGUCCAAACAGUUUAUUAUACAUAUUUAUCCAUUUUCUCUAUUAGAAACAAAGAUAUGUAUGGUUUUGCAGACAAAAGGCAAAUAUGUGUAGUAACAUUGUGGUUUAUAGUCCUUGAAAACAGAAAAUGUCCUUUUACAUGAAUGUCAGAGGACAGCCUUGCACGAGAACAGAAAAUGUGCUGGCAUAACUUCAAGUCAACUACAUUACUCGAACCUCACUCACACAGUAGCAUCAACUAUAAUGAUCUUUAAAAUCUAUCAAAAGACCAUAAGUCUAGGAAUAAUAAAAUACUUCCCAAUCGAACAGAAGCAUAUCUGGAACAAUACAUUAAACUGUAAAUCACCAAGAACAGAUUUCCAAAAAAUCCUCAAGGUUUGCUGAUGUCACAAUUUUUUCUCGUUAAUUAAUUUCUCUUGUGAAUGAAAUUUUAAACAAAAAGCAACGUGGGUGUCUUACAAUAUGACAACUAAAAACACAAUAGAUUAUAGGUUGUAUCAGUGAUUUCAGGCCCAAACAUAAAUGAUCACAUUCAUCUAAUCUUUCCUAACGAUCCGCUAGCUGCCCGCCCCAUAAGCAUGCCGUCAAAAAAAUGCGUCUCUGUAGGAAGCCUAGGCUCUGAGAUCUGCACACA